AUGGAGGUGACGUUCGACGAAGAGACUUGCGCCCUCUGGUGCAUGGACGUGGGUCUGAUAGACAAGCAUAAGCGAUGCCUAAGCUGCGGAAGCCUCAUGAAGCCAUCAUUGGCCCGAAAGCGCUGGCGGUGCUCUCGCAGGACUAAGCAUGCUGAUGGAAAGGAACAAUCAAUUGGCAUGCUGACCUGUUCAUGCUUCAACGAUGCCAAGCUAAAGCUACACCGGGCCGUCCGCAUCCUCUUGGCCUGGACCAUGAGGCUCUCUCAGGCGCAGGCAAUGGAAAUGGCCGAGGCGAGCGAACGCACAGUGCGCGACUGUUAUGCGUACUGCCGCGGAACGUGCUCGAAGGAACUCCUGAAGACCGAGUUAAAGAUUGGAGGAGACGGUCACAUAGUGGAGAUUGACGAGACUAGCCUGGCCAAGAAGCGUAAAUACAAUAGAGGCCGCCACUACCAGGAAUACUGGCUUUUUGGUGGUGUGGAGAGCGGGGCUGGCCGAUCAACUAAGAUUAUGUCCGACUUGUUCGCUACGUACGUUUGUGAGCGUGGCAACAAGCAACAUACUCUCGAGAAUAACCGUCUCCUGCUUUCUAUGAGCUACACGCAUAGCUGGGUCAAUCUCAGCCUCAACUUUGUAGACCCGGUUACGGGAACACAUACUUAUACUAUUGAGGGACUGUGGGAGACCCGUAUCAAGCGCCACAUUAAAAGCACGGGAGGCAUGACAAGGACAAGCUCGACUCCUACUUGGAUGGGUAACAUGUGGCGAUCAUGGUUUUUUUUCGCCAAAGGCUUAAAUCGGUCAGUACUUUGCUGGUCUGGUAGUUGUUAUUAUAAGAAGUGA